AUGGCUACCCAAUCCAAGUUGGACACCGGCUGGAGCUCCACCGACACUCGAAUCUACUACGCCAAAAAGUACAGACAGGUUCUCUCUUCGGCUCCCGCAUGCGCCUUUGCCGUGAUCGCAGGGGCUCCUCUUGAGAAUGUCAAGGUCCGAAUGCAAUCGCGUCAUUUCGCACAUGCCUUGGAAGCUACCAAGUACACUUACCGCACCGAAGGCCUCCGUGGUUUCUGGGCUGGCACGUUCAAUCCGUUGGUCUCGAUCACCACCUCGCGGGCCCUUGGUUUCUCCAUCUAUCGGAAGGCAAAGUACACGUUUGACGGCUGGAUCGAAGCGGCCACUGGCCGAUCUCCUCUUCAGCAUGUCAACAUACCCGGCACUUACCCUGACAUGUACACCAUGACUUGCUUUACUGGAGCAGGAAUGGUCUCGGGUGCCGUUACCGCCGUGGCUUUGACUCCCGUCGAACUCAUCAAGAAUGCAACACAAACUUCCGUCCUCAUGGCCUCUCAAGUUGAUCAUACCUCGGCGGCACCAACGCCCGUUGGUCCCAAGAACGUCGGCCGUGUCAGUUCCUGGACGUCCAUGAAGCGCAUCAUCGCCCGACGGGGUCCCCUGGGCCUCUGGACUGGGUUCCGACUGCAUUUGGUUCGGGAUGUCAUUGGCAGCGGCAUCUAUUUCGGAGUCUAUGAGACCACGAAGCAAUCACUGAACUCGUACUAUGGUGCUGAGAAGGCUAAUUCUGCGGGCGCGAUUGCGAUGGCGGGAGCAAUUUGCGGCGUUGGCGCCUGGGUUGUGACCUACCCACUCGACACGAUGAAAACCCGCGCACAGAAUAACCUGGUGGGCUCUUCUCUUCCCUCCUCCACUCCUAACCAGACUCUUGGCGCGGCGAUCGAAUCAUCGGCCAAAGCCGCCAUGCGCCGUGUGCCCAGCAAGUGGAAGGGCGUAGAGAUGAUCAUUUUGCGUUCGUCGCUUCAGAACAUGAUCCAGAUGUCGUUCUUCGAGCAGGCGAAGGUGUGGAUUGACAAGCUGGAGUUCUCUGACGGCAGCAGAAUGCUGCCAGAGGUGGAGAGACAUUUUGGGCGAGAUAGCAAGAUUGUUCACAAGAAUGACAAGUUGUGA